AUGGCUACAAAUCAACUUGAUCUUGUUGGACAUUUGUCCGACUUGAAGUUACGAGUCGAUUCAUAUCGGUUUGAACUACAGCAAACCAUCGAAGCUCGCAGGCCAGCAACUACACAGACAAUCAACGAGGAGAGAACUCGUUUUCGUCAUAUACCUUUACACGAUUUGAUCCCAGAAGAACUUGUUGGGCAGGGCAGUUUUGCCGAUGUCUAUCGCGGACAAUGGUUGAGUCAACAUCAUCAAGUGGCCAUCAAGGUCAUUCGUGUUGGCCAACUGUCUGACGAAGCGAAAAAGAAUUUUAUUCAGGAAAUUUCGACGAUGCAUCAGAUGCGUUUCGACAAUAUCAUCACCAUUUUCGGUGCAUGUAUGGAACCCAAUUACCAUGCGCUUGUUAUCGAGUAUAUGGCAUUGGGUUCGCUUGCCAGUCUUCUUCAGAAGUCGGAUAUUUAUCCACUUUCAUGGUCUGAGCGAUGGUCAAUUGCCUUGCAAAUGGUCAAGGGCAUUAACUACCUUCAUCUGUCAACGCCCCAUCCAAUCAUUCAUCGUGACAUCAAAUCUCCUAACUUCUUAGUCGGUCAAAGUUUGAAAGGCUUUAUCAUCAAAGUAGGCGAUUUUGGUUUAGCUAAAAUCCGUCAAGAAACUGUACGUCAAACCAAUGCUGCUGGCGGUUCAGCAUUACUGACAAUUGGAACACUUCAGUGGACAGCGCCAGAGCUAUUCAAGUUUAGCGAGAAACAUACAACUGCUAGUGACGUGUAUGCUCUGGGUGUUGUCUUUUGGGAGUUGGCCACCCGCUGCAUUCCCUACGAACACAAUGAUGAUGCGGUUAUCAGUGUAGGCGUCAUGGCGCAACAACGACUAGAUAUUCCUGUUGAUGUGCCACCUGACUUUGCCUCACUCAUCCAAAAAUCAUGGUCCCACGAGCCCACGCAACGUCCCUCUUGCGAAGAACUCAUCUUACAUAUUCUUGUUCAUGAGUCACCUCGACUGACGACUUCUGAACUCGAGUCGAAAGACGACAAAAAGAAGACCAUGUAA